CUUUUCACAAAUUCAAUUUAAGGACUUAAUCUCAGACAUGGAGUUGUACGUCAGGCAUGUGGAGCUCCUGGGCUUUGAGAAACGAUUCUAUCCCAGCCAGCACUAUGUUUACAUGCUGAUGGUGAAAUGGAGCGACCUAACAGAGAAACUUAUUUAUAGAAGAUACCCUGAGAUCCACACCUUUCACAAAUCCCUGAAGGAGAUGUUUCCCAUCGAGUCGGGUGACAUCGAUAAGAAAGACAGGAUCAUCCCUGAACUGCCGGCGCCAAAAUGGCUAGACAGCCAGAGGUCCACAGAGACCAGACAAAGCACUCUGGCAGAAUACUGCCAGUCCCUUGUCAACUUGCCCCCCAAAAUCUCCCGCUGCGAGCUGGUCCGCAGUUUCUUCAAAGUCCGUCCAGAGGAUGAGAACCCACCCGUUACACACCUAGUCAAAAGAAAUGAAACUUUUGUGGCAUCAAAGGACAAGUCUACAGGCAACGCAUCUGAAAUAUCAGGCCCCAUAAUAUUGGACACAUACAGGGUUAUUGCUGACUUCAACAAGACGUCCAAACAUGAGAUAAAUCUGAAGUGUGGCGACAUGGUGGAGAUUGUGGAGAAGAGCCCCAAUGGUUGGUGGUUCUGUCAGUGUGAGUUCAAGCGGGGCUGGGUUCCUGCUACCUACCUGGAACCACUGGAGACACCAGAGGAGUCUGAGGAGCCAGAGCCCAAUUAUGCUGGAGAAAUACACAUCACUACAAAAGCCUACACGGCUGUGGAGGAUGAUGAGCUGACUUUAGAGGCAGGGGAGACUGUAGAGGUUAUUCACAAGCUGCUAGAUGGUUGGUGGGUGGUCAGGAAGGAAGACGAGACAGGGCACUUUCCUUCCAUGUUCCUCCACCCCACUGGAGAGAAGAGGGACGUUUCUGACAUGAACAAAACCCAGAGACAGACUCCUCCUCCUCGACGGUCUUCCAUUUACAACACAAAUAGUAUUCAUGGCAAGAGUACUAGACGUAUCAGUCAGGACACAUACCGCAAAAAUAGCAGACGCUUCCUCCAGCAGAGAGGAAGCCAACCCAGGAAGUCCCCCAUGUCUUCCACUGGAUCCCCUCUUCAAGAAAAAAAGAAUGAAGAAUAAAUCCUUCCUAAUGCUAAGUUUGACAUGUUCCAGACAACAUCCCUAAGUCAGCGAACUCCAGCAAUGUGGACAUGGAGAAAAAUACAUCUCCCAGAGUUCCCCCUCGGCCCAGUCCUGAACUUAUCAUGGAGCGCUGUACUGAGAAUACCCGCAUGAAAGUCAGCGUCCGCAAGUCCAGCACAGAGUCAAAAUGAACUGAGCUUAGCUGCACUGUACUUCAUGUAGAAUUAAGCUAUCUUAAUAUAUGUUGAAAGAGAAAUCAUGUCCUUUGGCCAUGCUUUUGUGGAGUCUUAACAUUUUGUGAACAGUGAUUUUCUUUCUGUACACUGCGAAUGUACAGUGCGAAUAUGUUUUUAAUUAUUAUUUCACUGUUGAAAGUAUAUACAUGUGUCAUUUUACCCCUUACAUUUUCUGAAUGUGAUCAAUAAUUUUGCGACAAACAUUUUAAUAGUUCCAACAAUGAUUAUCCGCAAGUUACUUCUUGUAAAAGCCUAAUAUAAAAAAUUGAAUGCAAUGUCAUUCCAAGUGUUCUUCUAUUGACACUUAUGACCUCCACAUCACAAUAUUAAUAGGAAAAUGCUCUUUCCCCUCGAACACUCACAAUCAUUACCAAUUGGCAUACCAAUGUUCUUGCCAUUCCUUCUGUAUGUAAUGUAUUAUAACAUAAACUGUUGUAUGUUGUAACACAUUACAUAUAUUCGAAUGCUCGAAUGCUUGUGUCAAAAAAUAUUUCACCACAAAGUAAUUCACCACAGCUUUGCCUACUUUGCUAUUCUUAAACUAUCCUAAUAUAAACAUGAACAUUAUGAGCACUGCUUAAUUUAAUAAGGGAACAAAGUACAAUGCCUAAAGUCCAUGAACCAUCAAAAAGAGAAGAUUUAGUGGUGUAAAAAAAAGAAAAGUUAAAUGCUGUACUCAAAUUAGACAAAACAUUGUCUAUGCAGAGAAGAGCCCCCCUACUGCACCCUUGGCAACACUGCAAUCCAGUUACAUCAGCUAGUGGCCUUCAAAAACAUAUACUUAAUCAAAGUACUUCAUUUCAAAUCUAGCCCAUAAGAUACCAAAUGGGCACUACAUUUUCAUGAGGUUAAAUGCAAUCAAAAACUGAAUACUAAUACUGAAUUAAAAUUGCAUAAUACAAGACCAUUUAUGUUCUCUUUGCAAGUAGAAAAUAGAUGCUUUCUGUAUAAAGUGCUGGUUUUAUCUUCAGGGCAUCCAGUCAUCACUUUCAGUGAGCCUUGGGGGAUCUUGCGUCUACCUUGCGGUUUGUUUGGUCAUGUGUUUUCAUGGAAGUCUUCAAGUUCCCUUUCUGAGUAAAACUUUAGCUGGAGACCAUGCAGACAACAGGUGAGACCAGUGUGAGAUCUUUGAUGUACCUUGGUUUCAUGGAAAAAAGCAAGUCGUAAUCAGA